AUGUCCAUUGAAAUGGACAGUGGGAAUAUCGGCUUUUUGGAUGACGGAACAAUUAGUGAUAUAGAUAUAUUGAAUAGUGAGUCAGAGAAUGAACUUGAAGAUUUAUUAAAUAAAUUUGCGAAUGAUGAUUUCUCUGCCGAACUCGAUAAUGAAAUGCUGGCUAAUACAGAAUUAGACUUGCACGAAGAAGACGACCAAACAACAAAUGAAACUCAGUCUGGAAAUGAAGUCUUUGAUAUAUCACCAAUGCAGUUUCCAUUUGUCCAAAAAAAAGAUAUAAAAUGGAUAAAUAAACCAUUUCAAGAGCCAAAUAGAUUUUAUUCUAUUCGACAAAAUAUUCAUAUCAUCAACAAUAUGGAUAUAGCUCGUGAUAAUACCGAUAAAUUUGUAAAAAUUCGUCCAUUAUUUGAUGCGCUAAAUAAUCGAUGUAAACAAUUACCAGUGGAACGAAACAUUAGUGUUGACGAACAAAUAGUUCCUUUUAAAGGUCAAUUAAUUAUAAAACAGUAUAUGAAAGGAAAACCGAAUCCGUGGGGCAUUAAAAUAUUUUUACUUUGUGGUCAAAGUGGCAUUGUCUAUAACAUGAUUCUUUAUCAAGGAGUUUCAACUAAUAUUAACAAGGAUUUACAAAAAAAUUUCGGUCUAGGUGGAGCAGUUGUCCUCGAUCUUACUAAACAUCUUACGCCAAAUCGACAUUUUCUUUUUUUUGACAACUUUUUUUCUUCGUAUAAUUUAUUUUAUGCACUCACCGCACGUCAAAUAUAUGCAGCAGGCACAAUUCGAAUAAAUCAAUUUUUUAAUCCACCAGUUUUAUCCGAUAAAGUUAUUAUGAAAAUGGGGAGAGGAACCUCUUAUGAAGUAACUUCAACAUUAGGAGUUGGACUGUUGAAAUGGUGCGACAAUAAAGCAAUAACCAUGGCAUCUAACUUCAUUACUUCAGGAAAACCGGAAUCUGUUUCUCGCUGGGACAAAAAAAAUAAACAAUAUGUUAACAUCGAAAGACCAGAAAUUAUCAAACUAUAUAAUAAAUCCAUGUUAGGAGUGGACAAACACGAUCAACUUGUGAGUUAUUACCGCGUGUACAUGAAAUCUCGAAAAUGGACUCUGCGUAUGAUAACUCAUGCUUUUGAUAUGGCUGUGGCAAAUUCUUGGCUCGAAUACAAACAGGACGCAGAAAAUAUGGGAAUAUUAAAAAAAGAUCAAAAAGAUUUGUUGCAUUUCAAAACCACUUUGGCUGAAGAGCUAGUGAUGGUUGGACGAUUCAGUCCCGGAAAAAAAAGGGGUCGUCCUACAUCUUCACCAUCCAGUAGUACAAGAUCUGCAGAAUGUCGUUCACCAACACCUGCCAAAACAUCGUCAAAAGCAUUGGAGUUUCGACCAACGGAAGGUGUAAGCAAAGAUCUUUUUGGACAUUUUCCCGCGUAUGAUGAUAAAAAAGAAGCAACACGGUGCAAAAACAAAAAAUGUACAGGUAAAACACAUGUUGUAUGUAAUAAAUGUAAAAUUCAUUUGUGUUUUACACCAAAAAAAAAUUGUUUUUAUGAU